AUGACGGAGGAAGGUAUCAAAACCAGCAGUGAGGGUGAACGCCCUGGCCAGUCCCCGCCAGGGAUCGUGCUGGUGCCUCGACCCAGUUCCCAUCCUCAGGACCCGCUCAACUGGUCGCAUCGUCGGAAACAAAUCAUCCUGGCCACUCUCUGCCUGGCCUCCUUCUCGGGGGCUAUCGCUCCCCUAUCGGGCCAGCUGAAUCUGGCCCAGCAGGCCAAGAUCUAUGGCAAAACUCGCGUCCAAGAGUCCUAUGCUAACUCCGCCGCAUUGGCGGGCAUGGCUUUCGGGCCCUUUUUCUUCGCUCCCGUCGCCCACCGGCUGGGUCGCAGCUCCGUUAUUUUCUGGUGCAUUCUCUGCGCCCUCAUCUGUCAGAUCUGGGGGGCCGUCAUGACUCAUUCGGAUGAUUACAUUCCCUACAUCAUCUCGCGACUAUUUGCCGGCUUUUUCGGCGCCGUGCCCACUGUCCUGGGCCCGCGUGUCAUCACCGACAUGCUGUUCCUGCAUCAGCGCGGUCGCGCCUUCAUGGCCCUGCAUAUGGCCUUUCUGUUUGGCACCAUCGCCGGCCCGACCUUCUCGGCCUUUAUCUCCGCCAAUGCUUUCUUCCCCGUUGAGUUCUGGUGGACCGUCGGCCUGUUGGGAGCCACGGCCAUCCUCAUCUUCCUCUUCCUCGAGGAGACGGGCUUUGACCGCGAGAACCUUGACCGGAAUCCUGCCAUCCCGACCAACUGGCUGGCCAACCGCUGCGCUACCUUCUUUUUCGGCCAACGUGUGGUGCAGCCGACCACCUGGUCGGUGACCAUGAAAAUUGCCGUGGCGCCCGUACUGAUCGGAAUCUGUCCGGUCACGGUCAUCAUGGGUACCUUCACUCUCAUCUCCUUCGGCUUCUACGUCGGCAUGAACGCUCUGGUGCCCGUGUGGCUGCAGCGGACUCCAGAGGAGGGAGGUUACGGCUUCUCCCUGAAGCAAAACGCUGCCUUCACCUUCUGUCACUGGAUCGGCAUCCUCGUCGUCCAGAUUGUGGGCCACUACUACAACGAUCGAUUGCCUCUGGCAUUGGCCCGGCGCUUCAACCACGGUGCCUGGAAGCCCGAGUACCGCCUACAGGUGCUCUGGAUUCCCAGUCUGAUUCUCAACCCUAUCGGACUGGGCCUGUUCGGCGCUACUCUGCAGUACCACCUGCAUUACAUGGUGCUGGCGCUGGCGGUGUUCAUCGUGACGAUUGGAUCACUGGCUAGUGUGCCGGUGACCGUCAACUACGUCGUGGAAUGCUUCACGCGCUACCCGGCUGAAGCGGGUAUUGUGAUCGGCGCCUACCGCAUCGUCUACGGUUUGACCAUCAGCUUCUACAUUGACCCGUGGGUGGCAGCUGUCGACGUCGGCUGGGUGUAUGGCAUGAUGGCAUUCUUUGCUAUCUUCUCGUUCCUGUUCGUCAUGCUUCUGAUGUGGAAGGGACAUGCCAUCCGCGAAUGGCAGCUGGCGAGUGUGGCCAGCAGUGAGGAAGGCGUGCAGGUCGAGGAUGGGAGCAGUGAGAAGGGCGUGGUAGAACACGAUGGAGAGAAGUUGAAGGUUUGA